GUUUGCAGAGACCCCAAGCCAGGCCACAACCUCCACCAUUGCCAAGACUCGACCUGUCAAGCCAACCAAAUUUGCAAUCCGCAAAGCUUCUAGACGUCCAUAUCUUGGUACCCCGCGCCAUCGCCAUGUCAGGAGCUAGAGCGGUCGUCAAGACACUAGAUCACCUCGUGCUCACUUGCGCGAGCGUCCCAAAGACGGUCCAGUGGUACACCAAGUACCUCGGGAUGAAGGCGGAAACAUUCACGUCGCCGUUAGAUCCAUCCGUACAGAGGCACGCACUGAAGUUCGGCACGCACAAGAUCAAUUUGCAUCAGCAGGGCAAGGAGUUUGAGCCAAAAGCUAAGACUGCACUGCCAGGCACUGCCGACCUCUGUUUUUUGGUGGAGGAUGGCACCAAUCUCGAAGAGCUGAUUAAGGGGUUCCAAGGGGAUGGGGUCCAGGUUCUCGAGGGCGAGAAAGUGGUCGCGCGGACGGGUGCACAGGGUCCCAUCCAGAGCGUUUACGUGAGAGAUCCCGACGGAAACUUGAUUGAGCUUUCUCACUACAAGUCAUAGGUGGCCGUCUACAUUACGUGCAUGAGCAUUUGCAUACUUAGACCAUGAGAUUUCCAAUUGAAUACCAACACCGGAAAUGUUGAAGUCUGAAGUACGAGCGAUGAUCAUUAGUCACUAAGGAUGGACUGUUCGUUC